AUGAGGCGGCCGGCGCGGCCAGCCCCACCGCGACCGCAACCCACGGGCUCAGCCGGGAGGGAGCCGCAUCAAGUUGCAGUCGCCGGCUCCGGGGCCCUGGACUCGACCCGCUGCUGCCCCGAAUCAAACACGACCGCCUCCGAGCUCACCUCCCUCUGGAGGGACCGCAGCUGCAGCCAUGCUCCAACUCGGGGAGGAACUGGAGCGGCCGGCCACCAGCACCCCUCCUCGGCGCUCGGCCCGACUCCGGCCGCGGGCGACUGGACCGCAGGAAGGACUGCGGCUCGGGACCGUCCCGCCCGACCCACCGACCCCAGGAAGCCGACAAGAGAGGCGCUAGCAGGGCCGACAGGGCACUGCGCGCAGUCCGGCGGAUCUCAGGUUCGCGUUCGGCGCCGGCGGGACCUCGGCGUCCAGCAGCGCGGAAACUGGGCUACCGUGGCGGGAGCGUUGAUUCCGUGGGCAGCCGGUCUGUCUGAGCUUACGCGCGGACCCGGCUCCGCGCCUGCACCAGACAGCUGUGGAACUCCUCAGGCGCGCCAGUGCGGAAUCCCAGAGCAGGGAGGGCCGCACAAGGACAGUCCAGGACGCGGCUCUGCGGCGUGGGGACGUCCUGAAUCCCACAGGACUGGUGUCCUCAGAAGAGAAGAGACACAAAGACAGACAUACAGGAAGAUGGCAUGUGAAAAUGGAGGCAGAGACUGGAAUGAUGCUGUUCAGAGCUAAGGAGUGCCGGGGGCACCAGAAGCUGGAAGAAGUAAGGAAGGAUUCUCCCCAAGAGCCCUUCAGGAGAGCAGAACCCUGCUGACACCUUGAUUUCAGACUUCUGGCCUCCAGAACUGUGUGAGAAUAAAUUUCUGUUGUUUUAAGACCCCCAGUUUGUGGUACUUUGUAUGAAAAUAUGAAAUGCAAGUUGAUGUCGUCCUGUACAACCUGACCAACCUUAGUGCCGCUCGCCACAAAAAGAUACUAUUAAGUAUGUCUUGGAUAUCUUUCCAGGGACUUUUUAGGCAUGUACAAACAUAUUACGUACAUAAAAUGAUGGAGGAAACUUUAUUCACCAGUAGCCCCGUUAAGAGCCUGGCUUGGCUUGGCCAAACCUUCUGGUAAGUGUUUAGGGUAGGAGACCCUAGAUAGGUCUCAGCUGGUUCCUAGAGUCCAGGGAAGCACGUGGAGGGAGAGGAGGCUGUUUUCCUUUGGAGAGGGGAAAGGAGCCCUGUCGACCGGGAGAAGGUGGGGUAAGUGCUGAAGGAGAGUUUGCUGUCGAGUGUUGCACAGCAGGGUGUGCAAGAGAAGCUGCUUUGCCUCCCUACCAAAUUGUAUCAAACUCUGUA